AUGUCAGCAACAACAACAGCGUCAGCUUCAAAUGAUCAACAACCUGUUGGUUUAAGUAUGGCACAAGUUGAACAAGUACGUGCUCAAUUGCAAUCUGAUAUUGAAAUGUUGCAAUCAUCAAUACAACGUCUUCAAUAUGCUCAAGAAGGUUUUGGUGAAUCUAUGAUUGCUGUAUCACGUUUACCAACAAAUAAUCAAGAUAAUUCAUUACUUGUACCACUUUCAUCUUCAAUGUAUGUUCCUGGUCGUUUAUCCGAUCCUGAACAUGUUCUAGUUGAUGUUGGUACAGGUUUUUUUAUUGAAAUGCGUCCAAAAAAAGCACAAGAUUAUUUUAAACGUAAACAUGAUUAUAUUCAAGUAGAAAUUGAUAAAUUACAAAAAGUUUUAUAUGAUAAAUUAUUAACAAGACAACAAAUUAAUGGUAUUAUUCAAAUGCAUCUUCAACAACAACAACAACAACAACAACAAAAAUAA